AUGGUUGCCGGUUCUAGCUCAAGACCUGCCGUUGCAUCUUCCUCAGUUCCCGCCUACGAGCCACCCGCCCCGGUUGUCGCCUCCCCUUCGUUUGCUGUUGAUCUCAACGGCAGUGUUGGUGACGAGGUUGGAACAGCGAAACUUGUACCUACCUCUGUACACUGUGCUGCAUCGGCUGGGGCUGGAGAUGGAUUGUUUGAUGAUGUAGAGGACGAUGAUGUCGAGCCGGAUAUGAUUGCUGAUGAUAGUGGCGAUGAUAUUGGAGCGAGUGAGCCUGCCGGUGCCGGUGGUGGCUCUAGCUCUGGCACACAGCAGUACCCUCCACAUUUUUCAUCUUUGGACCUGGAUGCCAUGAGGCAGCCGGGGGUACCUGAGGAGGCUGCAGGAUUUGGCGCUAGAGAUGCAGAAGGAUCAGCUGGUAUGACAGAGUUUCAGACUUACAGCAUCCGCCGAGGUGUACAGUACAAGGUUGUGGAGUCUGAUUAUCGCCGUUACGUUGGCAAGUGUUCUGAGUUCGGGAAUGGGUGCACAUGGUUGAUUCGGCUGAGUCUUCGGCAGCGCAAGGGCAUAUGGGAGGUCAAACGUUACAAUGGACCGCAUACUUGUCUCGCCAGCUCUAUCUCCAGCGAUCACAGGAGGUUGGAUUAUCAUGUGAUAUCGGCAUUCAUUAUGCCAAUGGUUAGAGCUGAUGCAUCCGUUAGCAUCAAGGUGCUCCUAAAUGCGACUGCCUCGCACUAUGGGUUCAGGCCGACCUAUAGGAGGGUCUGGAUGGCGAAGAAGAAGGCUGUUGCACUCAUUUAUGGUGACUGGGAUGAGUCUUACAACGAGCUCCCAAGGUGGAUGUUAGGAGUGCAGGUGAUCAUGCCUGGUUCUAUUGCAGUUCUUCGGACUAGCCCUGUUCAAGUUGGGGGACAGCUGGACGAAUCUCAGGCUUAUUUUCACAGACUGUUUUGGACUUUUCUACCGUGUAUCGAGACAUUUCGUCAUUGCAAGCCGUUGGUUAGUAUUGAUGGGACGCAUCUAUAUGGCAAGUUUGGGGGUACUCUGCUUGUUGCAAUUGCACAGGACGGGAACUCCAACAUACUCCCUGUUGCAUUCGCACUAGUCGAGGGUGAGAAUGCUGAGUCUUGGUCAUUCUUUCUCUCCCACAUCCGUCAUCACGUCACCCCACAGCCGGGUCUGCUCGUUAUCUCUGACAGGUAUAAUGGCAUCAAGGUCACCCUUGAGGCUCCCGACGGGGGCUGGCUGCCUCCGGCUGCAUACCGAGCUUUCUACAUUUGGCACAUAGCAGCAAAUUUUGCCCUCACCUUCAAGGGUAAAGACGCAAGGAGGCUUAUUAUUAAUGCUGCCUAUGCUAAGACGGAGGUUGAGUUCGAUUACUGGUUUGAUAUUCUUCGCUCGGAAGAUCCGACGAUGUGUGAUUGGGCAAACCGGAUUGAGUAUUCAUUGUGGACACAGUAUUGCGAUGAGGGCCGGAGAUUCGGUCACAUGACGACUAAUAUAUCUGAGUGUGUAUUCAAUCCUCAAGGGUGUGAGGAACCUUCCUGGUCUCACUCGGAUCUCAGACAUGUGACUGCGGAUACUUCCAGGCACUUCAUUUUCCUUGUCCGCACGCACUGGCAUGCUGUGCCUACUCACGAGUCACUUGGCACUCCUACGUCCACCCUGUCUAUCGACUCAGUAACGUUUUGUGUUUAUCAGAUGGGAUUCAGACCUCCAAUCCCAGAGGGUUUCUGGCCACUAUAUGAUGGGCCGACGGUGAUACCGGACCCGAACAAGAGGCGUGCAAGGGAGGGUCGUCCCAGGUCUACUCGGAUACGGACGAACAUGGACGAGGCAGAUCCAAACCGGCCUAAGAGAUGCGGCUUAUGUCGGCAACCCGGACACACUCGUCGGAGCUGCCCACAGGUCGGAGGUAGCCAGGGUAUACAGUCAUAG